GCCGGGUAACUGGGGCCUCCCCGGCCGCAGGUGGGAGCCGUUCGGGGCCGGUUUCUGCCGCUGGGAGCCUCUCUUCGUGCCCCGGUCCCUCGCAGGGAGCAGCUGGUGGCGGCCCGGAGGCUCCUGCGUGUUUGUGGGGGCACCGUCCCGAGCUCUGCCAUCAGCCCAUCAGUCUUGCUGUGGUCACGCACCUCGCCUGCGCCGUUCCCCUGGAAAACUUCCCCCUUAUUUCACCAUGUGAAUGCUCCUGUUCAUCUCAGCGUUUUCCAUCCCGACCGAAACUUUCUGCAGGAUGAUAUGGAGCAAUGGAACAAGAAAUUGCACUGUGGGCAAAUGCAUCAUUGAAGAUAAAUGGAGAUGAAUGACUAGUAAAUGAAAGUCCCUAUAGCAGAGGGAUGGAAAGCAGAAGGGGCAGAACAGCAGCACUGCUGGAAGAAAAGUCCCGCAGUGUCUUGCAGGAAUGUUCUGCGUUACCAUUCAGAUAUUCAAAGUUUAUCCAAUGCAGCCAUCUGUUCUGUGGAGUGAAUCUUCAGGUUCGUGACUUUUCAGACCUCUUCAAUGGCAAUGCAAUCUUUCCAGUCCCCUGUGAACUGUUCCCGGAGGCCAACACUACUUUGGGUCACUGGAUUCUUAGCCGCAUAUGAGGAAGGACCUGAAGUGGAAUCCUGGCAGAUCUUCUCGUCCAGCCUCAGCUGCAGUCCGGGUGACUGACUUGAGUUGGCGAGGUAACGUAAAUCCCAGUCCGCUGAUUAAAGAUGAUGGAGAGCUACUUAUGGAUGAAUACCUUUCCCCCAGGAAACUGAAAGCUUUGACAGGAAUGGAUGAUCUGCAGCAAGUAAAGGCCCUAGAGAUGCGAGUAGAUACAAGAGAGAGAAGCUUGGGGAACUUUGGUGCCUAUCUACCUAAUCUGAGAGAGCUGAAGUUGAACAAUAGCUUGCUCGAAUCCGUGAGGGAUCUUGGAACCACAUUGUCCCAUCUCCAUGUGCUGUGGAUGGCUUGUUGUGGGCUCUUGGAUUUAGAUGGAAUCUCUGCCUGCAGCUCUCUAAAAGAACUCUACAUAGCCUACAACAAAAUCUCAGACCUGUGCCCGCUGAGCUUUUUGGAUCACCUUGAGGUUUUGGAUCUGGAAGGAAACGAUAUUGAGGACAUCAACCAGAUGCAAUACCUGGGGCUUUGCUGUAAACUGAGCAGCCUGACAGUGGAGGGCAACCUUAUUUGUCUAAAGCCAAGUGCAGAAUCUGCAGAGGAACCGGAUUACAAUUACAGAGCUGAAGUGAAAAAACUCAUUCCCCACCUGGAGUAUUUGGAUGGAAUACCAGCAAGCCAGACUGCUGUCCCUCCUUCCAGUAAGAUGAAUGAGGACUGGCUAAUCAUCAAGGAAUCCAUCAAGGAGGGUGGUUUGCCCAGAGACAUUUCAUGGUUAGGUCCACUUGCAAUGGCAAGGCAGCCUGGAUCCAGCCCAAGACCUCCUACAGCUUCCAGACCUGGAACUGCACAGCGGUCUGCUAGUGCAGGAAGGUGUAGCAAUUCCCAUCUGUUGUACGACAGCUCUCCUCUUCCAGAUCCCACUAUUUCUGAAGACCUGUUUCCGGAUAACUGCAGUGAUUUGACACAUGGACUCAGCCAAGUUAUAUGUGGGAACCCCAUCAAGGCCCUUCGUGCAAGGAGGCUAAAGCUAGGUCCGCCUGCAGCGAGCUCCUUGAAACUGUGCAGUCUGAAGAUAGAAAACCCUGACAUCUCUGGAGGAGGAGGAGGAGGAGGUGUGAGCCAGAAAGACGUCUUCUCUGCGCCGAGAGUGUGGAGAGAGCAGCAUAAGCGGCGGUGCCUGCACGCAGCUCAGCAAGAAAGGGGCAUCCCAGCAGCAAAGGUAGCUACAGAUGAUGAGGAAGAGGAUGAAGGCUGCAGCCUGGCCAACGGCGGUGAGAGUAAGCUGAGGGACACCUCAGAUGAGGAUCUCACUGAAGGGAUUUCGCCUGACUCUUCUUUCCACUCCUGUCUCUCCCAUACAUCCUCAGAUUCAUUACAUGCUCAAGAAGGCACCGUGUUCUCCAGCCAGAACCGCUGUCUAAUCCCAUCUCCUCCAAAGAGCCCUUCACCUGCGACUCUGAUAGGUUUUGCAGCAAGACCCCAGGAGCUGAGGAAGCACAGGGCGAGGUGCCUGAAGCUAACCAGCCCAGAGGAGCCCCAGCAAUGCCAGGCACAGGCAACUCGAGAGACUUCAGCUCAGCUGCUGGGCAAAAGCCUUGCUCUGCUGAGCCUGCACAGCGCACCAGCAGCACAGGAGCCUCUGCCCCUCAGCCCCCAGGGGCAGUGCCAGACCGAUGGCAGCACUGCCAGGCAGAGGCCUAUCUCAGGACCUGCAGCUGUUGGAUCAGCAGGCAUCAGCCCCACCCUGGACGGGAGUCCCCACAGAGUGACCAGCCAUCCCCAGCCGGUUGUCCUCUCACCCCCAAGACCCUUAGGGAGGGUUGGGCUGCUGAACGCCGUUUGCCCCCCGACUGCUGGGGCAGUGCUGCAGAAGCUGCCAGCCAGACCCGCUGUCUCAUCAACAUCUCAAAGCAGGAGUCCCCGCUCAUAGCCCGUAUGUAUCAGACCCACUGACGCCGUGCCAUCUCCACGCACUGGGUGCAGUCCUGACACUUGGAGGAUCAGUGCCAUCUUUCAGCUGCCUCCACAAGAUGAAAGCAGAGCCAUGCAAGUAGGGCAGUUCAAACAAAUGCCAUGAUUUGCCUCAAGUAAGGCUACAGCUGGUCCAGAAGUGCUUUCUUUAAAGAGCACCUGCUGAUCAACAGAAGAGCUAAUCAAGCCCUUAAGACAGCAAACACGGUUAUUUUUUGCAGCCUUCAUGCACUAAAACAGAACAACUCCUAAUGUAUUUCCUCUCUCCUGCCUCGUGCCCCACUCUGUGGUGAGGCAGUGGCAGUAAACCAGCAGGGCUCAGUGCCUGCCAGUUCCAGGGUGGGCUGGAGGAAGUGGGAGACGUGCAGCAUUCCCCCUCACACUCAGCAGCCUGGCCUAUAAGCAUCCCUGCCGUGUGUCCUUUGCAGGGACAAAGCCAAGGGUUCAAGGCAGCGUUGACCUGAGCAUGUUUGCCUAUCAUAUGACUGAGUCAUUUUUAAAUAAUGCAGUGGCAAAGAUGAGGCAGGGAAAGUAAGAAGAUCUCUUGUUUUACAGUGGGGCGUUUGGUUUGUAGUUGGGUGGGGUUCAAAAGAGCUGGUUUUAGUGGCUGAGAUGCUGAUCCCAGCGGCUGUGCCUUAUGACUUCAUUGAUGUUGCAGUCUGAAGCCGAGCAUCAUCACAUUUUUUUUUUACUGUUUCAGUUACCAUGUCAGAUGUGUAUUUUAAAAUCACUUGAUGAAACAGUAAGUAUGUGACAAGUGAAUUAAUUGUUUCAUGUCUUCUUUCUACCAAUCAGAUAAAAGUAAAGGAACGGAAUGGCAGAGAAAGCCCAAAAUCUUCAGCUUGUUGUGGUGCACUGCUUUCUCUUACAAAACAGCCUGCAGCUGGAAGCUGGUUUGCCCAGCUUUGGUGGGCACUAGAGGAAAUUAUCCAUCAAAAAGCAUCAAAACCAA